UAUCUAUAUCCCCACACAUACACACACUUGUGUGUAUAUAUAUAUAGAUUUGGAGACCUUCCCAUCAAGCAUAAGAAUUCUAGCUUCUUUUAUCUUAGUCCUAUUAAGCCUAAAAUUCUCUCUCUUUCUAUGAUGGCAGAGGUUGAAGACAGCCACAACGCACAGGGAAUCAAGCUCUUUGGGGCAACAAUAAUAACUGUCCAAGAAAAGAAAUCCGAGGAGGAGAAAUCAGAGGUCAAAGGUGACGGCGAUCAUGGCAGCACAGCGGAUCAGAAGAGGCCCGACAAGGUGAUUCCAUGUCCGAGGUGCAAGAGCAUGGAGACCAAGUUUUGUUACUUCAACAACUACAAUGUUAACCAGCCCAGGCACUUCUGUAAAGGCUGCCAGAGGUACUGGACGGCCGGCGGAGCUCUCCGGAACGUCCCCGUGGGGGCCGGCCGCCGCAAAAACAAACCGCCGUGCCGAGGGAUGAUAGACGGGUUGUCGGAGGGUUGCCUGUUUGAUGCUUCUGGGUUGCUGCAAAAUCUUGACUUGGAUGGGGCGGUGGAGGAAUGGUACGCGGCGGAGCAAGGCGUCGCCGGCGCCGGAGGCUUCCGUAAUCUUCUUCCGGCCAAGAGGAGAAGGAAGAUCUCGGCUAGUCAACCUUGUUGAUUCCUUUUUUGUCCUGUAGCUCAAUUAUUCUAUAUUUAGUAAGAAAAUAGAAUUAAAGAAGUUCAACAAAAAAAAAAAAAACACUUCUUGCUGCUUAGGUUAUUUCCAUGUCUAUAUUCAACCUAUCGUCAACGUGUUCAUUAAUGGAACAAUAGUUGCAGCCGUCCUAAA